AUGGCGCAUUCUGAACAGUCAGCUUACAGCGGCCAUUCCUCCUCGAAGGGAUCACACAAGCACUCGUCAAAGGAAUCCAAGAAAGAGCUCGCCCAACGACGAACUUCGAUGUACCAGAACCAACCGGCUUCCGACGAACCCACCGCGUAUGGCGCCGCAUUCCGAAGCGAGGACGUUGCGGCCAGUGAGGCGCGCCACCAGGCUAGAGCCGCGGAGAAUAUCGCAAGAAUUAUGAGCCAGUACGGCGGAAAGUAA